CUCUCUCGCCACAGAGGGGGGAGAGAGAGAGACUCUGUGACAGAGAGAGAGAGAUGGGUAAGAUAGUGGAGAGGAGGAAGAAGAAGAAAGGACGGCCUUCUCUAUUAGAUCUCCAGAAGCGUACGCUCAAGGAACAAGAACAUCAGCAUCAGCAACAGAAGCGGAACCACGACUCUGAACGUCAUUCCACCCCCAAUCAUCCAACUCUCCCCGCCGCCUCUACUUCCCCUCUCCGGCGUUCCACUCGCCGUAACCCUAACACCCACGAAGACGACGACGACGACGACGACGACGAAGACGAAGAAUUGGCCGGGAAGCGCCGCGAGAAGAAGCUGAAGCUGGUGCUCAGAUUGCCCUCCCAGAAAUCGCCCCUCAAUUCCGGCGCCUCUCCCGAUUCGUGCGGUUCUGAUUCCAACGCCGAGGAAGUGAACGAGAGCAACGCCGCCUCGAAUAGCAACAAGAAGAAGAAGAUCAAUGCGAUCGGGAAUGGAUCUGGGUUCCUGGACCACUCCAAGGGCGACAAGUCCGUUUCUGGUGCAAACCCCACAGACGCCCACCAAGGGAGUCAGUUGGAUUCGGGACCCCCAACGCCUUUACCGGAUAAAAAGCUGUUACUGUUCAUUCUCGACAGGCUUCAAAAGAAGGACACUUAUGGUGUGUUCUCUGAGCCAGUGGACCCGAAUGAGCUUCCUGACUACCAUGAGGUGAUAGAGCACCCAAUGGAUUUUGGAACCGUGAGGAAUAAACUUACUAGUGGAGCUUAUGCCAUCUUGGAACAGUUUGAGAAAGAUGUUUUCUUAAUCUGUUCGAACGCAAUGCAGUAUAAUGCACCUGAUACCAUAUAUUUUCGACAGGCACGAUCCAUACAUGAGCUGGCAAGAAAGAACUUUGAAAAUUUGAGGCAAGAUAGUGAUGAUAACGACCCAGAACCAAAAAUAGUUAGAAGAGGUAGACCACCGACCAAAAAUUUUAAAAAAUCAGUGGGCAGGCCUUCCUUGGAGCUUGCUGGUCCAGAAUUUUCCACUGAUGCCACUCUUGCUACUGGGGGAGAAAACACCAACUGGUCCAAUUAUGAUCUGAGAAAGGGAACUCAUCUUUUGGACAAGUCUGCUUUAGCAGAUUCAUCUGGACGACUUCAUGGUUCUCGCGAUAAUGAUGUUUAUACUAGUUGGUUGGGUGAUAUCAAAUUUGGCAGGAAUGAUGAAUCUACAGUUUCCAUGAUGAAGGGUAAUCAAAUGAAGCAUGGGAAGAAACAAAUUGUACUUGAUGAGAACAGACGAAAUACAUAUAAGCACUCCCAGCCAUUGCCUGGUGGACAAGAGAUGUCCGUGCUAACUACUUUUGUUGGAGAGCGGAAGCAGCUAAUGGCUGUAGGGCUUCUUUCAGAGUUUGGUUAUGCAAGGAGCCUGGCUCGUUUUGCUGCAAAUCUUGGACCUGGUGCUUGGAAAGUUUCUUCUAAGAAGAUCGAGAGAUCUUUGCCUGCUGGCCUUAAGUUUGGCCCUGGAUGGGUUGCAGAAAAUGAUGUCACACUUCCAAGGCCACUGCUACUACCUUCUUCAUUACUUGGUCGACUGUCACCACCACGGUCAUUUCCUCUUGUUGAAAAUUCAUACUCUUUUGCAAUUCGCACUGUUGAAUCGAAGGGAGAAACCUUAUCAGAGACACCUGAAGGAAAUAAUUUGUCCGAAAAACAAGUACCUUCUACUCACUCAGCUUUGGAUGGCCAUCUAGGCAAGCAUCUCCUUCCAUCUGCCACCACAUCCUCAUCCCCCAUUUAUGUGCAUAAACUGCCUGAACCCCUGAAAGUUAAACCAGAAGUUGCUGAAGGAUUUAAUUCUCAUACUGGGGUUAACAUAUUGAAUAGUAGUACUGUUGCAAACAGGCCAAGGCCUCCUUUUCAGAUUCAUCAGAGCGGUAUUCUUCAACCUGGUAUGAAUGGAUUUAACGCUUCAUUUGGGUUUAACGUUGCAGCUCAAAUGGGGAAACUAAUUGGAGCAGCCAGGCCUCCUGGGUUUAGCUUACAGUCACCUCGGAUGCUUGAUACAAUAUCUAGGACUAAUACUAACCUUGCCCAUCUGGCAACUGCAAACAGCCGUAAUUCGGAAGACCCCAAAAUUAUGGAAAGUUCAACUUCAACUAAUUCUGACGGCUCAUUGCCAAACUCUGGUAGUGAGGCAUUGGCAGUCCAAGUAAGAGGGCUUCAUCCGCGGCCAUCUCGGCAAGGGCUGUCACCACAACAGAAAACCGAUUCCAGAUUGUCACCGCAACAGAAACCAGAUUCAGUUCCUCCAGACCUGAAUGUCAGAUUUCAGUCUCCAGGGUCCCCUAGUUCUAGCAGAGUUGAUGCAGCACAUCCAGAUUUAGCAUUGCAGUUAUGAGAAUAAUUGAGUUAUUCCCUUCUUUUACUUAAGUUAACCAUAGAAAGGUUGGUUUAUGAUUUGUUACUCCUGGUUAUGAGACCAACCGAGGGACUCUUGAUGUGGAGUUAGAUUAGAGCUACACCUAACUGUAUUGUAGAAGAAUAGACUAGGCUUUCCUUGUACAGAUUAAUGCAUUCUGAUUCUUAGGCCCACAUGCAAAAAGGUUUCAUUUGUAAGAUUGGAAGCCAUCAUCUAGCAAGAAUAUAUUUCUAGCUUA